CCCCGGCCGACGGGAGAGAGCCAAACUCGCGCGCAUCCCCCCGCCGCGUGCGUGUGUCGAUGCUCGCGAGGAGCCGCCUCCUCGGAGUCCGGACCCGCGCGCGCCGACGACUCCUCCGCCGCUCCGCGUCCGUCCCGUGCGGUGACGGCUGCUGCUGGUGGCCCAUUGCAGGACGAAGAAGGGCGAGAGUGCUUUCUUUUCGUUGUUGCUUCUGUCCACCCGUGCGACGUGUGUGAGCGGUUCGCGUGACGCGCGGGGAGCUCCCGCUUGCGUGUGUGUCGGCCGCAUCGCCCCUUUGCUUCGCUGUGCUCGACCCGUUCGCGCGAUGUGCUUGCCGCCUCGGCCCAUCACCUUUGUCCCGUGCACCGUCCGGACAGUGCCGGCGUCGCAUCGGUAGGAUAUUCGGACGAUCGAAUUGUCAGACAAACGCUGGUGUGGUGGCCAUUUAUUAUCGUUGUUUCUUUUUUUGUUUUUAUUCUCUGGUUGAGAAGUUUUCCGCACCAUACAUCUUUCUUUUAUUGUUCUCCUUUGAGUGGAGCAACAGUUUCCUGGUUCAUUUUUUUAUGUACAUAGAAUUCAGUCAUAAAUAUGCUGCAAAUUUGACAUUUGUUCAGUGGAAUACGGUCAAGAAAGUGAAAUAGCGUAGAGACACGCAGACUAAACUGAGAACAAGUCGGCAGAGAUCUAGCGCAUCGUCUCGUCACUCUGCGGCACACAGGGGCCAAACGAAGGGGGCACGCAUCCUGGCACUGCGGCCUUGCUGACUAUAUAGCGGAACGGGGUUAAGCAUCGUCUCGCCCACAGUGAGCCCGAGGGACGUCUUCAUCGAACACGUCUCGUCGAGCGUCGUGGAUUUCGCAUUCAACAGACCAGGAAUUUCAACCAUCAUCGACCGCGCAGUGAAUGUGAGGUGCCCUUGCACUGUUAAGAGAGUAAGCACUCGGGAGACCGCAGGAGCGGGCGCAUACUGGUUGGCCUGCGACCUCGAUUCAACUCGCGCGAAGUGUGACCAUCUCUACGCUAAAGGAGUGAGCGCUGCUGUGUCGUGCGUGGGUGAUCCUUUGGCGCUUCGCCGCUGGAUGCGUUGCAAGCCGUCCUGCCAGCAUCGCGAACAUGCCGGGCUUCGCUGCAGUGAUGCGCUGGCGGUUGCAUCUGGGCUGGCUCGUCGGCUGCUGCCUGUGGAUUUCGCGGCCUGCACGGGCCGGUGGCUUUCCGAUGAUAACGAUAAAAAUUGACAACGUGGAGUUGACCGAAGUCACAGAGUACCCAGAGAGGAGCGCGCUAGUGGGCGGCUCGGCGUCACUACCGUGCAACAUCACACCCCCCACGCUGGACGAUGCCGUGGCGCUGGUGCUCUGGUACCGCGGGGACUCCGGCACGCCCAUCUUCAGCCUGGACGCGCGCAAUUCGCCGCCGGAUGCCGAGCGCACGUUCGUGGACGACUCGCUCGGCUCGCGCGCUUUCUUCAACCGGUCGGGCGCCAUGGCCACGCUUCAGCUGCAGCCCGUCAGGGACGUCGAUGACGGCGAGUACCGGUGCCGCGUCGAUUACAAGCGCUCGCGCACCCAGAACAGGAUCGUGCGCCUCAACGUUGUUGUGCCUCCGACGGAAGUCCUGAUAACGAAUAGGACGGGAGAGCCGUUACGGAACCGUCCAAUUAUCGGGCCGUUCAAUGAAGGCUCCUCUCUGACGCUUGUUUGCAAAGCACUCGGAGGUCGGCCUCCACCGCAAGUUACCUGGUGGCUUGGUGGCGAGAUGGUGGACGACUCGUACUCGCCAGCGGGAGAAGGCGUAGUGCGCAAUGACCUCGUCAUCGGCAAACUGCAGCGCUCUGACCUGAUGGCGACGUACCGGUGCCAGGCCGCCAACAACAACCAGACCGUGCCUGUGUCCACGUCGGUGUCGCUGGACCUGAACCUGCGUCCUCUGGAGGUGGACAUCGUGACGGCGCAGCCAGUGCUGCUAGACGGCCAGGUGAUUGACGUGGAAUGCCAGGCUCGCGGCGCCCAGCCCAAGGCGGCCAUACAGUGGUUCCUGGACGACGUCCCGCUGAACGGCUCCACGCUGGCCACGGAUGCCACUCGCACAACGAGCGUGCUUCACCUCGAAGCGCACGCCGACAUGAAUGGGAAGAGGCUGGCUUGCCGUGGCUUCAACCCGCACUUGCCCGACAGCGAGCUAUUCGACUACUGGAUCCUGGACGUUCACUUCAAGCCGGUGUUGCAGCUGAACCUGGUGUCGCUCGACGCGAGCAAGCGAAUCAGCGAAGGGAGUAGCGUUUACUUCGACUGCAACGUGCAGGCCAACCCACCGGUCAAGCAGGUCGGCUGGCUCCACGAAGGGGCCCAACUGGAGCCCAGUCCCGGAAUACGCAUUGAAAACGUGCGCCUGGUCAUCGACCGACUGCAGAGGCACCAGGCGGGGCACUACCAAUGCGCAGCCACCAACGAACUGGGUCAUGGCGUCUCCGAGAAGGUCUUCCUCAUGGUCUACUACCCUCCCAAGUGCCGCGAGAAGCAGAAGACGGUGUACCACGUGGCCCGGCACGAGAUCACCAAGGUCACGUGCGACGUCGAAGCUGACCCGCCUGACGUGCGGUUCACGUGGCGCUUCAACAGCAGUCUUGAAAGCCUCGACAUCGUCGCCUUCAACCAGUCGGGACCGCGCAGUAGCUCGGCCUUCUACACGCCUCGUCGCAAGGCUGACUACGGCGCCCUGCUUUGCAUCGCUUCCAACUCGCUGGGCCAGGGCUCGACGCCGUGUGUCUUCAACAUUGUUCCAGCCGGGCCCCCCAAUCCUCCGGUGAACUGCAGCGUUCCGUCCGUAACGGCCACGAGCCUGACCGUUCGCUGCGAGCGAUCGCUGCAGCCUUGGCCGCUGCCCGUACACUUCCGGGCCGACGUGUACGUCGACAGCCGACUUCGGGAGCGAAUGGUUUCAAACGACCCGCGCUUCGAAGUGGGCGACCUCGAGCCGGGCUCCAGCGUCAGCCUCUCUGUCUUCGCACUCAACGAGAAAGGAAUCAGCACUGCCGUGCCCCUAGCCCUCUCGACGCUGGUCUCGGCCAAGACUGAGCUCAUAGGACUCCUGCCAGGCGAGGCGGCGAUGGUGUCGGCGUCGAGUCCAUUGCUGGGAAUCUUGGUCGGCGUCGUUGCUCUUCUCGUCCUCAUCGCCAUUGUCAUCAUCGUCGUCAUGAAAGUAAAAACUGGAAAGCGGAAAGCAGCUGCCAAAAGAAGAAAAGAAGAUGACAAGUCGCACACACCCCUAAAGAAAGAGAUUGUAGACAUUACGGAAGUUGAAGACAAAUGCCCCGAUAUUAUUCCACCGAGAAAUCUUGGAAUCGUUUCAGGUUCGGACUACUCAGAUAUUGAAAUGAAGUACGUGGAAACGCAUAUCACGGACCGAGUUCCGUCUUACGAAAACGGAGCUGAGAAGAAGUAUCCAGAGAGUUUUACACCCACGUUAUCUGCCAACUGCUAUAUGACAAAGCAGCGCGCGGAAGAUCUGACGUACGCUGAGCUGAGCCUGCCGCCGAGCACGCAGUCCACAUUCAGCCGGUCGCUGUCGCGGUCGGGCUGCCGCGCCGUGGUGGGCUCGCCCCCACUGACGGGUCCUCACGAGCCGCCCACGGAGUACGCGGACAUCGACUUCGUGGCUACCCGGGCUCACGGCGAAGCCCGAUCCAGGGCGUCCCAAGGGGAAGCCAGCCAGCGGCUAAAGUCGAUCACCACCAGCACCGCCACGCCUAUCGUGAGUGCCGUGUGUUCGCGGGUGUGCGUGACGCCGCCGCUGCUGCCCGCGUGGAAGCCGCCAUCUUCCAGACUCUCCAUCUCGUCGCUGGCCAUCACCCCGCCGCGGUCGGACACCGGCUCGUCCUCGGUGCCUAGCUGGACGCUAUCAGAGGCCGGCGGCACGUUGCCCCUCUGCUAAAAGCCCGAAGCCCUACUUCACAAAGCCUCGCCACUGUGCGUAUACGCACUCGUCCCAUCUGUGUGGUGCGCGUGCGUAGGGCGUCUCUGUGCUCGCCUCGGCUUUUGCAGCAAGGGAACCCCAGAAGAUUACAACUUCACUGGGGACGGCGGCUGUGGUUACGCCGCGUGACCGCAAGCACAGAACCCUGCUUUGCCGUGCUCCUGAUGUGUAGGCACACGCAGAGUGCGGGACCUGUAGAGAUGAACGUGGUGCGGUAAACGUCGCAGUAACGUAACUCUCGCUGCACGGGCCCAAAUGUUUUUUUCUUGUUUUUUUGUUUAUCUUUGUCUCUCUCUCUCUAUCUAUCUAUCUACGUUUCACAAAUGUGGUCAAGUGCGUAAGGCGUUGUACGCUGUUGCACUUGGGCGGAACAUUUCCUGCGGUGCCCUUGAGCCGUAAGCGGUGAAAGGAGUUGUUGAUUCAGGUCCUUGGAGCCAUAGGCCUGAAUGCGCAUUGUUUCGACGCUACGCGACUUGAUCAUGGGGUGCUCUUCGGCUUGGACGAAUCACGUUUAAUAAGAAAAAGAUCGCCCGCUUUCGCCUUCGGGAUUGUUUUGUACAGAAGGCGAAAAGAUACCCUAAUGGGUCCGACCGCUAUCUCAGUGUUGUUGUUUAGUAUGAUACAGACGCAGGUGGUUUGGUACGCCACUGCCGUCGGUGAUAUUGUGAACCAGUUCUUUGUUGGGCGAGUCACUGAAAGGAGAAUUCUCGGUCUCACUGGUCUCCUGCCGCAGUGAUCGGAUCGACCCUCACACCUGUCUUCGCUCAAUGACACGGUUGUCUAACGUUCUUUUUUUUAGUUAAUCCGGUGGUUUUCUUGCGGGAAUGCUGUGCUGACAGUGUGUAUGAAUUUCGCCAUCGCCGACUGCACAACACCACGCGCAAAUAAAAAAAAAAACUUAACAUGUCUUAUGGUUACGGACAUUCUCGGUGUAAAAUACAUUGCACAGUGCGUUUUCGGGCAGUACGCACAAAAAUGUUUGCUCUUCAGGCCUACCAAUGUUAUGAAAAUGUGCGUUUUUUAGAAUAUUGAUGUACAUAGAACUUCCCCGUCCCUUCUUAACAGUACAUAUUUGAUGUUUUGAAUGAAGGAACAAACUAGUUUGCUGUAUUGAAUGCUCAUUAUGCCCUUGCAUUUCUUUCUUGUGGGAUUUGUGAACGUUUUAUGCGCUGCCGCACAGCACACAUGUUAGAUGGCUUAUUGCAGGCGCUCUGGGUCCCAACAACCUUUUUUUUAAUAUAAUUUUGGUGGAGUAAUCUUUAUUUUUAGCUUUCCGCGCGUGUCCCUACCACCCGAAGAAUGUUAAGUAAAACAAGUAGAACAAUUAUUUUCUUUUUCUCUGAACUCUGUACGAAAAGCUGUCGUUCCAGUAACGAAAGAAUGCCCGCUGUUUUUCUGACUUGUUCGAGUUCCGCGGCACGCCGCUUUCAAUUAGCACAGAUGUAUAAGUGUCCCGUCGUGCCAGUGUAGUGUUCUACCGCAAGUAGCGAAAUCUAUGCAGACACAGUCCCCGUGGACCACACUCAAAAGCUUUCGCAAAAUUCUGCAAUGGGCUCUUGCCAUUUACGUGUAAUUUCUUCAAGUCCUGGGUACUUAAGUUCAUCAACCGUCGGAGCGAACUCUGCUUACUACGCGCAAAAGAGUCCGAAGACGAUUGGUUGUCAAUAUUGGGACAGCUUGUCAGUUUUACUCCAUAAUGCAUAUGGUAACGCAGGCUAAGCAAUGACGACGUAAAGCGUGCAUGGAGACCAUCUGCCAAGUGCGUAGAAAAUCAUCGCUUUAUUGAUAACGCUUAUCAUUUAAGCUUUGCUUAUGUGAACCCCCCGUUCAACCUAAACGAAGGUAACACGCUCAUUGUCAAGAAAAAAGUUUUGAGUGUUUGCAAAUAGCGAUCUAACCGGCUGAAUUGCAGACAGAGAUAGAAAGCCGUGUUUUCAGUGCGCUCAGUACUCUUCCAAUCAAGUUUCUCCUAAAAUUCUUCGUACAGCGAGCAUCUGUCGCCUUGAAAAAGACAAGUCCACUUGCAGAAACGUUGGCUCCUACUUUAACCUUGUUCUUGUUUUGCUCUUCCUAUAGAUAGGCAGCUUGUUUUAUACCUUGUUUGCAGGGCUGGAUGGUUUGUCAGGCGUCUUUUUUAAAGCUGUUGCGGCUUGUUACUUGCUUCCUUUUGUCAAAUUGCAGGCUUUUCAGUCAGUCCUAUUUACUGGGACAGAACGUACACAAAAAACUAGCUGCCAAGUGGGACCCUAAAUAGGACUUGUGCCGACAGCAGUGACAUUUGUUUCAUGAUAAAGGAACUAGACCUGCCAUACAAUUACGACCAGCUAUAAUUAAUGAAAACUGGCAAUAUAAGGCACGGUAAACUUUCGUUUGUCAGGAGCCUUGCCUCCACUAAGCCUACCCAAAAUUUAUCAAACCUUUCUAGGGUACAUAAACACACUUUAUCAGGUAUAUGUCUUAAUCUUCAAGGAACCUGCUUAGAGGAGACGUUCUUACCAUGUUUCAUUCAAAACGUUUGUGUUCCUCCUUCCCAAGGUCUAGCACAUGUAUUAGGAACCGUGUCGACAGCUGUGUAUGUGUAUGUGCUAAAUUCGUCAAAACGUGCUGUCCGAUUUCAUUAUGUUUUAUUUGCUGAGAACCAUCCUUUCAUAUCGAUGGCGUAAUAUAGCUAUCUUCAUAUUGCGCAAUCCAAGCGUCUUUUUUUUUCAAAAAAUCAUCGUUCACCUAGCCUUCAUUUAUUCACUUUUUUGCAUCAGAAGUCUGGCAUUGUCAGAAUCAUUUCCACCUCAACAAAUGCAUUUCUAAAGCCUAUAAACAGGCAUAAAAAAGAAUUGUGACGCCAUCUCAGGAACUGAUUCACCAUGGUGCUUGCGAAAGCUUGGCAUAUUUCAGCUGGCUUGGUGGUAGUGCUGUUUAUUGUUGUUGCUUUCCCUUUAGUUUUCACCACUACAGUGUUUUUUUUUCUAUUUGCAUUGUUGCUGCAUUGCGUAAUUUACCCUUCAGAAUUAGAUUGCAGCACGCCUGUACUGAUGAUGCAGAAACAUGCCUUUGUGUCAGGCCUUUAUGCUCCACAUGCACUCAGGGUAAAAUGAAUAUUGCUUGGCUUAAUUUUUGUUCAAAGCAAAUAUACCUUGAAAUACUAGUACAAAGGAGGAAAGCAACAGUUCAAUCUACCUUUUGAAUAAUCUUUCAACAAACUCAUCAUAACGGUGUUCAACGUGUUGCUAUGACAUGUGCAGUGUUUCUGCACUUCUUAUUAACCAUCAAGGGGCUAGUCAAAGUUUCAAAUUUUUCAUUAGAACAAUUAUUCCUUCUGCAUGCUCUGUCAAAUUCUGUCGAAGCUGGAUGUUGAUGGCAGGAAAGCAAUUUCACCAUCAGCCGAAUUAUCAUUUUGCUGCGGUUUACAGUUCCACAGCCAGAGUAAUUAUCCUCCGUGCGUCGCAAACACGCCCACGUGCAAUAAAUUUAUAUUACGCACAACCGAACAAAAACGGCUCUGGUGAUUGCGACACGCAAUAGGCAGGGCAGUAAAUGCUCAUCAGUACCUCCUAACUCUGCAAGCAGAAAUUCCGAAGUCAACUACUUAAUGGUAACUUUGUUACACUGCGAACACAACUGUUUUCUUUCAAAAUAGUGACUUAAUACUAGUAAACAUAGUGACUUAAUACAUACACAAUAACGAUCUUGUUAAAAUAUUCUUUUUAUUUUUAGCAGUUUGAGAAAUCAUAAACAAGCAGAACCGACCCUUUUAUAAAAAAGUAGCGUCGAAGUCAAGCGUAGAGCUCCUUCAACCUUCCCUCACAAGAAAAUAGCGCAUCAAAAUCAAUUUUAUGUCAGUUUGUUUUCUCUACGUAUGUUUCCCCGAAACCGCGAAAGUAGUGUAGUCGGAAUGCACGGGUUUCGUCCUGAACACGAGGCCUAGCAGAAACUCUCGGAAUCUCCUUCGAGGACCAUGCCCUCCGAAUAACGGAGCUUAAGCAAAACUCAGAUGGGACGAUGCGACGUGUUAAUGGUAGAUUUCCAGAAACUUUUUUUUUCUCUCCAUAAAGAAAAAGAACAGAUAACAUGCCUCCUACAGACCAGGCUUUGCUUUCGCGGCAGUUGCUUCUUCCCACAACGUUUUGUUUUAGUUUUUUUUUCUUUCAAGAAGUCACAUAUAGGGAAUUAAGGUGGCAUAAGUAGGUGGCGUAAGAGGGCGUACCAUCCUUAACCAGUUCAUCUGUUCCCUAUGGCACCUCUCUAAUUAGUAUAGCCAUGCACCCUAACACACCUGCCCGAAAGUACGUCGGGGGACAUGUAAGCAUCAACCCUCCACUCAGCCUUCAUCUUCAAAGCACUUGCGACGUCCCUGUACUAUAUUCGCCUUCAUGCUUAAGCUCUCCUAUAUAUAGUGGACCACCUAUAUAUUAGUGGACCCAUCUUGAGCGCAGUUUGUCACGUCAUUUUCUGGCCCCUGCUCCUCGGCUUUUGAUCUGGCUUGUACUAAAGUUUUCAAACGUCGUCAUUGUGCGGCAGAAGUCCACAGUUUUAUUCUUCCUCUCCACGUUCUGCUGGAUCGUAUAGUUCUGAUCGGUGGUUAAAAUUUCCAGCUUGGUUACUUCACCGAUUAUUACAGGCUGUGAUUUUGUAUAACGUAAUAGCGUUAGUUGUAAAGUACUUUCAGCUUGUUCACUUAUCACAGCACAUCAGCCACAAAGGGCAACAAAUUUCGUCUGAUAGUGAUCUCGCGAAGAGCAUUAUUUGGAUAGUGAAGCAACUACGCUUUUCUUAUAAUACGCUAAAAUUCCAGCCCUUUCAAUACAAGAAAUACGUCCCGUUCUGGUUCUCAUUUUGGUGUUGUAGGAAUCCCGGUGGUGAGGGACUUGACGAACGAUCUCGUUCCGCGCGUCUGAUGUACCUGUAAUUGUACCUUGUGAAUACAUACUCCUCUCUCGUCGCGUGACAAAGUGAACAGCGUAUCCACGGGACGUUCAUCUGUGCGAAAAAAAAAACUGGCGAGGCAAAACACCGAAGCCGCAAAGACAACUGCGUGACAGCCAGUCAUGUAGUAUUCCAAUCGAGACAUGGGUUCACAAGAAGAUUGGGGCUCGAAGUCAUUAACAGUGAAGAGAUGUCAUUGGAGACAACAAUUCGACAAGGGGACAUAUUUUCGUCCGGGUAAGAACUGCGUUGGUGAACAUAAGUGUUCUUGUCGAAACAUUGUCUGCAGCGACAUCUCCUAUUCAACAACCAUUUCCAAUAUAGCAUGUAAGGCUCGAUAUACGAGCACAAAUGCAGACUAGUAAUUUCCUAGGGCACCGGAACAGGCGUGUUCAGGCUAUCUGAGGUAUACAGGCCCAGCUUACACUUAUGCUCGCACUAUCGCCAGGGCUUAGACACAUUCUUUGACCUUUUGUCAGUUAUCUGAGCUCGAUAUAUUUUUUUGUUUAUUCCGUAGCCUGCAUGAUUUGCACUAGCGCUCCUCUAACGUGAUUUGUUUCCAAGAAAGGCUCUUUUUUUAUCCUUCUCAGCGCCCGGUAAAAAUGAGCAUGGGAGAGUUGACGCACGGAGGAAAUGGCAGAUUAUUUACAUAAAUCAAAGCAAAUUGCGCAAACUUAGCUUUCCACGAUACUCAUUCCUGGAAAAUGUGACUGCAAUUGUACGAUUCCUCUCAGCCGAGUAUUUAUUUACCUUAGUAGUGGAAUUUGUUAAAUGUGUCGACAUCCAGCUUUCGUGUGUGUGUGUGUGAAAACUUUUUAUUUGCCGAAGUCCUGAGGCUCGGCUCUUUCAAGCCGAGGCGGGCCGCAAGUCAAAUCAAUUAAACAGAGCAAGUAGUGUCCCCUUGUUUUGUUGACAUAAAAUUAGGCUUGCAUAAAGCUGUUCUCUCUUUGUUUCAGCAUGAAAAUGAUGUGCAUUUCUUUAAAAAAUAUAGCUGUGACAUCGUUCGCGUGUACGCCCACGAACGCAAUUGUUGUGCAUGUCACUCUUCUUUUUAUUUUAAUUUUCUACCGAGCAAGCACUAGUGCUGUCGAUCGCUUCUCAGGCAUGUUACAAGGCCUCCAAUGCGUGUUACGAGACUGUCUCACAGAGGCAAGGUGCACUCUGCUACUCACAGCGGACUGCCCCGCGUAUGGUGUACAAUGAGUGCGGCAUCGCUCGCCAAACAGAUGUGGAGACUGCCUCUGUCAUAAUACCGUUUAGUUUCGGCUUCGAAUUGUACAUACUUGAAAUGCUCAAGAAGAGUGGUCGCUUAACACGAACACUUCAUUUUUUUUGUCUUCUUGUCAAGAAGGUGUUUUGUACCACACGGAAAAACAAAGGAAUUCACGUGAGUGUAUUCAUCGACCAUAGUCAAUGAAAAAAAAAACACAUCCUGAAAUUGCCGAGAUUUGUUCUGGAACGGCGUAUUCUCCAACGUCUUUGAAGCCGUGCUUACAAACCAAGACUGUCAUGUCUACGGAACGACCGACGGGUGACAACCUCGUCUCCGACUGAAGUGACUAUUCACGCGUGCCUUUUGCUACCAACGGUGUGAGAAACUGUGUGGCGGUGCAGUGAGUGGUGAAUGGGAGUUACCGAAGAGUGAGAACUGAUCGAAUGUGGUAGAGACUAUAAAAAAAACAAAAAAGUUACACCAGUCAUAUUCGAGUGUAAAACGUUGUUUCUUGGAUGUAUGAAUGUGCAUGUGCGAAUGUGUUGAAGAGUGUAGACUCGCACCCGAAGCAGGGUGUGAACGAGAGAAAUUGAAAAAUAUCUUCUCAAAAUAUAUGUGAAUGUUUACAAGAGUUAUAAUAAUUUUCGUUUUCAUUUCCUUAAAAUAAAGAAAGUUUUUAAACAGUC